AUGCCAAGCUACGGUAUAGUACAUGCCAUGGCGAAAUCGGGAGAGGCCGCCUUUUGUGUACGCUCGGGUUUGGAGAAUGUGAAUUUAGGCAAAAGAGGUUACAGUUACCAGAGGUGCUGGGUAGAGUGUAUGGAUAAACAAUGUUUGGGCAUACUUUAUCCGCUUGUGGGCCGUCUUUGCGAUAGUGGAACCCGGGGGUCCGUUUUGUUCCCUAUGAUGACGUCAUUAGCCAGAUCUGGUGGCAGUUCGACAAAUAGCCAUCAUGUUUCUAUUUCGGAUCAAAAGCGACAUUUUGACGGAGUAUUCUACUCGGCCCGGCAAGUGGGCGUCCCGGGACAAUCGUCCCAGGAAAUUUGGUGUCCUGGGAAAAUCAGCGUCCUAGGAAAGUCGUCCCGGGAAAAUUGGCGUCCUAGGAAAACCGUCCCAGGAAAAUUAGCGUCCUGGGACAAUCGGCGUCCUAGGAAAGAAAAUUGUCCUAGGAAAGAUAUCCCAGGAGAGUCGUCCCAGGAAAGAUAUCCCAGGAGAGUCGUCCCAGGAAAGAUGUCCCAGGAGAGUCGUCCCAGGAAAGAUGUCCCAGGAGAGUCGUCCCAGGAAAGAUGUCCCAGGAGAGUUGUCCCAGGAAAGAUGUCCCAGGAGAGCCGAAAAUUCCUGGGGACCCGCGAGGUCCUAGAAAAACGACCUCCUAGUCACGCUAGGACCCUAGGAGGAUCAGUGUCCCAGAAACUCCCAGAAAUGACCUCCCAUCGCGCCGGGGUCCUAAGAGAACGGGUUCCUAGAAGAAUUAGAGUUAGCCACGACCCCAUUUGGGAAACGAGGGGAAAUGGGGUUUCUAGAAACAACCUCUUAGCACGUGAGCACCCUAUCUGCAAAGUCGGAACGAACUUGAAGGCCGAGGUUGCUUUGAAAAUUGGUAGACACGUUUGA